CACAGAGUCAGAGGUUGACAAAGCUCUCUAAUCAUGAAAGUGUUCGCCAUUGUGUUCUUGCUGGCUGCCACCGUCUGUGCUGAGGAGUUGGAGUCUGCCGAAAGUUACGUCGGGCCAGCCACCUAUGCCAAUAUUCCUACCACUUAUGCCCAAGCACCUAUUGCCUACGCCCAUGAUCCCGCCCUCGCUACACACGCAGCUUAUGGAACCGCCCAUGGUGCAAGCGGGUAUCUGAACCAGGCAACCGGUGUGACUGGCUAUGGUACACUUGGAGCACAUUCUCGUUAUGGCCAGGCAGCUUACGGAGCUGCCGGUUUGAAUGCCGGCGCUGCUCAUCGUAAUGUGAACGCUCAUGCUGCUGUUGGUGCUUCUGGAGCCUCACACCAUGACCAGGGUGCCUAUGCCCGUAACAAAGGUAGUGGCUUUGAGAAGACCUACAAUUUCGAUAAGAAGGCUGGUUAUCGUGAUGUCGGAGCGGCUCACGGUGCUUACGGAAGUGCCCAUGGUUUGAGCGAUGACUCUGCUUCUCGCAACCUCAAUGCUUACGGACGUUAUGGUCAAGGUGCCUAUGGUGCCAGUGACCUUACUGCUGGCCAUGGAUAUGCUGCUCACGGUCAACUGUCCACUGGCCAUGCCAAUGCUGGUGGUGCAUAUGGAACCAGCUACUUGAACAUCCCUGGCUACACUGGCCACUAUGUAUACUGAGUAACAUUUUCUAUAGCAUGGGUUCAGAAGUAGAAGAUCCGUGAAAUCCAUUUGGAACUCUUCCUUUCUCUGUUCACCUUAGUCACCACUACUGAGUUUUCGUUACUGUCGUAUCUUUCACCUUUGGCUGAUCCCUCAUUAAAAUUGGGGCUAAGGUUAUUAUUACAUUUGAAUACUUUGACCAUGUUGUUGCUAAUGUAUUUAUUUCCUCUAUUAAGUUAUUGAAAAAAUGAAUAAAAAUGUCUUUA